UGGUUAUGAUCUCUAUAGAAAGUUGUCUUAGUUUGAACAUACUAAUUAAUGUUUUUCAUGCAAUGGUUAUGCUGUUGCAGAGAUUUUAUUGAAUUUACUGUGUAUUCAUUUGUCUAUGCACAUAAUAAUGCCCCACGUUUAGAUUUACCUGCUAGCUGGCAGAUCAGUAUAUAUGCAUGUAUAUGAAUUAGGAAAACUGACCAUCAUAAUUUUCUUAAUAUGCUUCUGAGUAUUGUAUUAUGUGUCUUGCUUUAUACUGUACAAAUUUUUUCUUGUUUCUCCCUUGUUAUCACCGUUUUCUUCUUUUCUUGGAGACAUGAAUGUAUAAUCAUAUUCUCAAGUUGGGCUGCAAUUGUUCUUGGACGAAACGGGUUUUAGCUUGCAUGGUAUCUUGCAUUAGACCUCCUUCUUUGUUAUUUAUAAAAAGGAAGAAACUUAAAAAGGGAAGAUUUAGGUUGUGUACAGAUGCUUUCUGUCAUUAAAACCCAUGUAUAGCACAAGCCUACUUCUGAUACACGUGAGGGAUACUCAUUAAAAGGUUAUUUCCUAACAGUAGCAUAAGAUAUCUACCCCUCUAAAUUAUUGAAGUUAUUUUAACUGAUCCCUCCGUAUGUUUAGAUGAUCACCCUGGGCCCUAUCAAAAUCAAAAUAUAAAAAAAUAAAAUUAGUUGAUGCAUCUGCAAUGGUCGCAGAGCAAGUUGCACAUGACCUGGCAUUUCAAACCGAUGGUGGAGCUGUACAACUGAGACUGAAGGUGAAUCUGCUAUUUGUCAGAUAUGGACAAACACACACUAUCUUUUACCUAUAACAAGGUACCUCCUUAGGUCAAGGAUAACUGGUUUAUUGUUUAAUGAUCAUUGGUGCUGCUAAUACCAAUGUGUGAACUUUCCUCUUUUGAACCAUGUAAGAUUCUGAUGUAGGCACUGAAUCACACGCAGGAUACAGACUUAUAAAAAGUGAUUCUUGAAAUUGAAAGGGACAUGCUAAGAUUCACAUAUGAUAAAUUUGUUAAUAAAUUAUUAGUCUAACCCAGAAAAUCCUUUGAAGAUAUUUAAAGGUUUUGCCCCUCCUAACCUGUUGAUCAAGUUCAACCACUGCAUGCAAGUUUACAUUUCAUCUCCAAAGAAAGAACUGGUUGCUUUCUUGAAAAAAGUCUCAUCUCAGGAACCAAGUCUUAAUGUUGUUGAUGUUGACGUCCCACUCAACAUCCUCUGCAAUAAUGAUGAGAAGCUCGAACAAGUUGUCUUAGGAAGAGAAUUUCACAUAAGUUUAGGAAGAACUGUUCCAAUACGAGUGCACCAAAUUGAUUCGAUGGUCUCAAUGCUCAGACAGAAGCUUCAAACUCAACACCAGUAUUGGAUUAACUUUAACAAGUGGGAGGUUUUUGUUAAUGAUGAUCACACACGUACCUUUGUCUCGCUAGAAGUUGUUCAAGGAGGGUUAGUAGAGAUAAAGAAGCAAAUUGAAGCAGUCAAUACAAUUUACAGGCUUCAUAAUCUUCCUGAGUUUUACGAGGAUCCACGUCCUCACAUAUCCAUAGCAUGGGCCCUUGGUGACAUUUCCCAUUCCCUGAAGAAAGUUAUCAACGAGGAAAUGAAGUGUUCUUUUGGGAAAUCUUUAAAGUUUAUUUUUAGCUGUAAAUUUAAAGGUAUCGAAUGUAAGAUUGGCAAUAAAACAUAUACAAUAUGCAAAAUUUCAGAUGGACAAUAAUACGUGCACAUUAAAGAAAAAGCAAGAGGUUUCCUGAAAUAUUUCAGGUUGAAUGGAAUUCUGUUUGGUGGGUUUCUUGGCUUGGUGGAAACUGGAAACCUGCUCAUAAAUAGAUUUCUAGUUUGAUGUGAAUGAGUAACUUGGGUCUUUAUUCCUUGUGAA